UCAAAAAGCAUUAUUGCAAUUAUCGCGUUAUCGCGCCCCGCGCAGUCGGGGUAGAGAGGAAGUCGCGACUUCGGUGGCGGUGAUGGCCGACGCACCUCGCCUCGCCCGUGGGGGUGAAUUCUUCACCCCGAAGGUGCCAAAUGGCGAAUUUUUCCGGCGAUAACCGUGGGAGCCCGGCGAGCGGCUGCCGACGCGCGUCGAGGCAAAAGGGACCAGAGAGAGGGGAUGGGGAGGAGGGGAUUGAGCCCCCGUGCCCCAAAACGACGCCGUGUCCUCGGGGCAACCUAAAAUGAGAGCAGGCUGGCAGCGGCACCCACUCGCCUGUGGCACCCACUCGGGGUGGGGGGGCGGUGCAGGCAGGUGCGGGCAGCGGGCAGCGGGCAGCAGACCCUCUCCGUUGGCAGGGGCGGCGAGCCGGGAUGCGGCAGCGUCGGCAGCAGCCCGGGUACACGACGGCCCCCCACGUUUCGGCUUUCCCACCGCCCCCGCAGAGCUGAUGGCGUCUCCCAGCACCCCGGCGCACAACAGGACUGGAAACGUCUCGGCGGUACCAGGUCCCGGCACGCUGCGGCUGGUCGGCGGCCGGAGCCGGUGCGAGGGCCGGGUGGAGAUGGAGCAGGCGGGAGCCUGGGGCACGGUGUGCGACGACGCCUGGGACCUGGCCGACGCCGACGUCGUGUGCCGGCAACUUCGGUGCGGCCGAGCCGUGCGCAUCCACGGCGCUGCCGCCUUCGGCCGGGGCAGCGGACCCAUCCUCCGAGACGAGGUGGGAUGCGAGGGGCACGAGGAACGUCUCUCGGACUGCCCGGCCGCGCCGGAGCACGACUGCAGCCACAAGGAAGAUGCCGGCGUGGUGUGCUCAGAGCACCAGGAGUGGCGGCUCUCCGGGGGUCGGGACGGCUGCGCCGGCCGGGUCGAGGUUUUCUUCCGCGGCACGUGGAGCACGGUGUGCGACAGCACGUGGUACAAGCUGGAGGCGAGCGUGCUGUGCCGCACGCUGGGCUGUGGGGAACCCCUCCGGCAGCUCUCCUUCGGCCACACGCUGCCCGGCAGGAUGCUCUACCAGUGCGAGAGCCAGCAGCCCUCGCUGGCCCACUGCCGCUGGACCUACAACAAAUCGGCUCCCUGCCACCAGUCCCAGGCAGUCGGUGUGGUCUGCAAUGGCUCCCAGGGCUUGCAGACACCAACCCCGAUGGCCACGGUGACACCGAGCAACGUCACGCUCCUGAGCGCUGACGGGGGCUCCCUGGCUGCGGGGGCGCAGUCCCCUCUGCACGUGUUCCUCUUCGUCCUCUGCCUGGUCCUAGCAGCGCUGCUCCUGCUUACCGUGCUGGCCUUCACCGCCGCCCUGCUGAGGGUGAGGAAGAUGAGCGCCCACGCCGUGUCCUCCCUCGGGUUAGCCGCUCCGGUCCUGGUGACCCACAGCGCCCAGAGCCCCGACGUGCCCACCGGGAUCUCCAACGACUACAGGGAUAUGCCCCCCAGCCUUCCCAAAGGACCAGACCCGCCGGUCACAGCCCGUCCCCCUGCCAAGGACUCCGACUCCGACUCCGACUACGAACACUACGACUUCAGCAGCAAGCCGCCCGUGGCCCUCUCCACCUUCUACAACUCGCUGCGCCGGCAGCCCGAGGAGCAGCUGGUCCCGCUGAUGCCCAGCCAGGACGGGAUGGAGCCGUUCCCUGCGGAGGUGCCGGCCAGGCUGGGUCCCCCGUCCCGCAGCAGGGCGAGCAGUUCCUGCACCUCCUCUUCCUCUGCCACCGAGCCCUAUUGCAACGGCAGCGUGGACCCUCCGCACACCUGGGUCUGCCCACCGCCCCCCACCGAUGGCACCCACCAGCACGCAGCACCCAUCACCCACGGCUACACCGACUACCCCGGCACGGCUCCCCCAGCAAUGCCCUGCGUGCCCGUCCCAGCGCUCUCCCACCCCUGCGUACCUGUGUCUCCAGCAGACCCCGAUCCCGCCGACAGCUCCAGCACCUCCUCGGGGGAGUGGUACGAGAACGUGCAGGGCAUGGAGCCGCCCAGGGACCCGUCCCCGCACCCCGGCUGGCCGGCUCCAUCCUGUCCCCCAGGGGGACACGCACAGGACCCCACCUCCUCUGAGGGCAGCGACUACGAUGACAUCCAGGGCUCUGCCUACUGAGGCUGCCCGACCGCCACGGACAGAGGGGCAUAGCAGGGGGGGACACGGCACCACGCGCGGCUGAGGACUCGCCAUCCCGCUGCCGACGUCUCUUCUGGACUUCUCUGGCCGAGUCCUCCGUGCCGGGGCAUGAGCACCGGUCCCGUCGGCAGCCGGGGGAUGCUGUACGAGCUGCAUGCUGAGCUGCAUGCUGCCAUUAAAAGCUUUUCCCAGCGG